UACACCGUUUUACUUGCGUACGAUCCGAGUACGAGGUUUCGCAGCCGAAGUUAGCUCUCUCACUCGGCAGAUGCCGCAGCGACUGUGCGCGAGGCAGGAGCACCCGGCGGAGACCGAGUCCAUGCGGUGCAUGUCGGCGGAGCACGCCGACGCCGACGCCGACACGCGCAAGGAGUCCUACGAAGAGGCGAGCGAGACCGUGGAAGAGCUCGAGCGAGAAAUCGAGCACUUGAAAUCCAAGGUCGCCUCCUUGAGGUCCUGUUCUCCGACCGACCACCACCACCACCUCUCCGGACCCGGGUCCACCGACGUCGUCUUGGUCGCCGCCGAGGACGGCAACGGAGGCCCGUCGAUGCCGGUGCCGGCUCGCAGGGCCGUCCUGGCUAGCCGGUCCCCUGUAUUUAAAGCAAUGCUCGAGAAUGAGAUGGAAGAAAGCCGAAGCGGGACCAUUAAGAUAAGUGACAUGUCAUAUGAUGCCCUCCGGGCAUUUGUUGACUAUCUUUAUGCUGAAGCAGGGCUCGAUGAGCAAAUGGUUUGUGAGCUCCUAAUAUUGGCCGAAAAGUACCAGGUGGAGCACCUUAAAGCUUAUUGUGAGAAGUUCUUGGUAUCCAAAUUAAACUGGGACAACUCGAUAAAAAAUUAUGCCUUUGCGCACCAGCACAAGGCGAAGGUUCUUCUUGAGGCCUCCUUGUCCUUAAUCUUGGAUAACAUGGGUAAAUUCCCAAAACAUCCUAAAUAUCCAGAACUCGUUGAAUUGCGCCUUGCGAACGAGAUAUACAUAGCAUUUCUUGCAAAGUGGUUUAAUUGGUAACAACAAAUCAGUGGUUGAAUGUGUUUUCGAUUUUCUGUUCUCACCUGAUGGAAUAAUGAGUUUUAGAUGACUUUUUUUUUCUUUUUUUGGUCUGUUUAGAUGACUUUUAUGUUUGGUUUGUUGAUAGAUCUCAUUGCCUUUCUCUUAAUGAGGAUGCAAUUUGAAGAGUUUUCAGAUUC